AUGGAGGCUUUAAUUGAAGCAAUUCGGGAGCAGAUCUCGUCAAUCUUGGCUUCUCUCGAUCCCAAUGAUGAUGUUAAAGUGCUAGUUCAUAACGCUAUUCUGGAUCAGUGUGGGCUUAUGCAAAAGGUAGGUUUCUCAAGGCUUCUUCAAAAACUACUUAGCCUUUCUAUAGGCUCAAGGAAACUCUUCAUCUUCAAAAAGUGCCUACUUUACUACUCAUCGCUAUUGAUUUGGAUGCUCUCAGUUCUCUCUUAGUU